AUGUCAGACUAUCCGAAUGCGCCUGCCUAUGGCAUCAACUAUGGCGCACAAGAUCAGACGAACCCUCCAUAUGUCCCUCCAGCGUAUCCAACACAGUACAUGCAACCCGUAGAUGGUAAUGGCAUGGCAUCUAGUUAUGACAUGUCUAAUUCCGCGUACGGAUACAAUGGGCCUCCACCAGCCUUCAGCGCUUCAGCCAUUGCUUCGGGGGUGCCACCCCUUCCCAUAUUUCCAGGUUGGAAUCAAAACCCGGGUCAUUUGCCCACAUAUAAUUCCCACAAUGGUCAGCAGUACAUGAGUUACUCUGAUCAGAAUGCGCAAAACUCUCACCAGAACUCUCAAUAUUUCGUCGCACAACCCCCGCCAUUAUAUCAACCUGUUUCACAACCUUCUCGAGUAUAUGACGAAGGCGAGGUGAGCGAAAGUGAGAUGACCGGUAGUAGACCGCAAGUAAAUAAUUCCAACUCGUCCUAUGGAGGCAUACAGUAUCCUGCAAACAACCGUGUAGGAUAUACCAUGCCGUCACAGCAAACUAUGUAUCCGACAUCUCAGGAGCAGACCCAGCAAAGACCUUUCAUAACUUCUAAUCCCCAAUCGUUUCCCUCGCGACACUCUCCGCACACAACCAUGCAGCAGACAGACGGCUAUUCUCCCUACGCUUCGCCUGUUGAUUUGGGCCUCGGCGAACGUGUAAACGAAAAGCAGCUUCAUGGAUCAACAAAUAAUUCUAAUAACAAGCUUAAUAUGGCGGGAGAUACGAGUCAUGGCAAGCAAAACGGAAUCCCUAAGUUACCUGGAGCACAGUCUCAUCAACCUAAUAAUGGUCUGCCGAAAAUAGGCGCAGUUGCCAAAAGCCGAGCAGCUUCGUUGUCUGCAAACAAUCCCUCCAACCAAACAUCCAAGACCCAGAAACCAAAAUCUCUCGAGGAAGCUCAGAAGAAAGCAUCGGCAGCGAUUCUCAACCUCUUGCCAUACAACAUUCGAUAUCAGACGUAUUUAGAUGAAGGGUUCGCAGAAGAUUUAGUUGGACGAUUGUUUGAUGAUCUUCAGAUUUCUCGGGUUUUAGCCAAAAUCAACAACGAUGUGGGCGCCUCCAGGCAUGGUGCUAACGAUGAAACUGGAGAAAUAUCCCACCCAGUUGUAAGCAAGGCCGCAGAAGUUGUCCCGAAACCUCAAUUAUCGGAGAAGUCGGGUGCAAGUGAGCUCAUACCUAUGGCCGUAGAGAGGACAGCCACACCAGACACCACUACGUUACCUAAAAUCAUCGCACAACCAACGACUGUCAAUCCAUCUGUGUCGAUGUCUGAAAAGGAUCGAGCGCUACAACUAAAAAUGGAGGCCCUGAGGAAAUCAAGAGAGGAACGUGCUCAAAAGGCUGCUGCGAAAGCAAGUACGAAGUCGCCAAUAGAUGCUACACCUCCAGUUCCGCUCCAAGUCCAGCCGCAAGCACAGCCAUCCAUCUCUGAAGAAUCAACUAAAUCUACUACCGAUCAGAUAGGAGAUCUUUCUCAGCAGGCUGCACCAGCUAAACCUGCAGAGCCACCGGUCCCACAGCCCUCGCCAAAACAAACUGCUGUUAUUCAAACCAAGGUAUCAAGUAUCCCGGGUCUCUUUUUGACUUCAACUGAUUCUACCUCCACACCAACAUCAACGAAUGCGGUCACCACCACGGUAUUGACUUCAACUCUUCCCAGGAAGCGACCUGUUGCCGCCGACUUUGACCCCCCGAAUACUUCGGCAACCCAAUUCAAGCGACCAUUUGGCCAAAGCCGAACUGAGCGACCGGUAGUGAUCGAUGUUUCUGAAGAUGAGGCAGAUUCAGACGACGAAGAUGUCGCCAUGGACCUUGAAUCGCAGGCCGAUCAAGACUCUCCGGUACAAUCAGCACGUAGAUUAUCCGAACAGCGACCCGCAGCCUACAACCUUCCACCGCUGACUGAUUUUCCUCCACGUAAACCAUUUACGUCUCCGCCCAAUUCAUCCGCAGCUAGUACGCCCCCCGGCUCCCAGAGUGCACAGAAGUCGGGGCUUGGUGGGAGACCCGAAGUUCUUCAGCAAAAGGAGACCGAAAUCGAACUACUGAAGAAGAAAAUUGCGGAAGCUGAAGCAAGGAAAAAGGCUAGGCAGACCCCAACAGGAACUUCAACGCCUAUGGGCCAGAUUGAGAGCAAGGCCGUCAGCAACACCAAUUUAGCUAGCAAUGUUGAAGCCUCGAUGAAGAUGCAGCAAUUAAUCGGGAUUGCAGAGCACAACGUAAACUCGACCCUGGAUCAGAUUUCUGAAACUCAAAUUGCGGAGUCAUCAAAAGCAGCUGAGUUGAAAAAGAUAGAAGACGAGCGAAAACGCCUUCGUCUUCAAAAGCUAACCUCUGAUCUUCCUCUGGUGGAAAAAGAAGUGCUCGAGAAUCAGUCUAAGCUGGAGAACAUGCGUGCUGAGAUGGCAAGACUAGAAGAGGUGGUUCGAAAGAACAAUGAAGCAAAGCGUUUGUUGACAGAAGAGAUGGAUCGUUUGGGUAGAGAAACCGAGGAGCAACUGCAAGUUCAAAGAGAAAAGCUACAUAAUCUGGCGAAGGAGGAGAGUGACGUUAUCAAUGCGGAACACGAUGGCCACCCGACAGCGAAAACAGAUUUGGUUGCCGCUCUACCUCUGACAGAGAACACCAACGAAGCUGCUUUGUCUUCUAGAGAAGUAUCACAGCAUCGAGAAGCCACACCGGCUGUAGCCGAUCAAGCCCCAGCACUCAUUGUGGAAACUCCGCCGCAGAUAUCAGAAACUGCGCAUGAAACGCCCGAAAUUACGGUAGGUGAACUCGUUCAAGAUGAGGUGUUACCUCUACCUCUGCCACGCCAUGAUCCCGAAACCAAAGAACAGACGUCUGCCGACCGCGCCCUCGAGGCGGCUUUGCAAGAGGCGGUCCGCGCCGAAGCAGACUCUCACGCCCAAGGAUAUAGUGAUACUGAGAUGGAAACAUCUUUUGCCCCUGACCCAGACAAAUUGAUGCCAGCUUCAGAGAUCGGGCCUGAUAGUCCAGACUAUUCCCCUGUCUUGGAGCGAGCAGUCCCUGUCGUGCCUGAAAUUGAGAUGGCUGAAGAUUCAGAUAUUUAUGAGCCACCAGAAGGGACGCCCCCAGUGGAUGAACCUUUGAAAGUUCUUAAUCCGCCUUCACCUUCGCCCUCUUUUAGUCCAGCUCCACCUGAGGCAGACUCCAGAUCUGUGCCGGUCGAGGAGACCUCAGGUGUGGUCAGCGAGAUCAAGGAACGCGAGCCUGAACAGCAACCAGAGCAGCAACCAGACGAUCAUGAAAAGGGCCAAAUAGUACACAAGCAGACACCACCGCAGGCAAACAGCAAAUUGGUACCAGUUGCCCAAGAUGAGUCAAGUGCUCCAGCCACCACAACGGAACUCUUCACGCCUUAUCAGAGUCCCCUCAAGCGUUUUCGUGCAUUCCGUUUUCAUCCAGCUUACAAACAAGAGGUAGCGGGUGGGCUUAGAUCGCUUACCUAUAGUAACAAGAUCGAUCCAAACAAAGAAUUCUGUCGCUACGAGCUGGCAGGUGGGAUUUGCAACGACACGAACUGUGAAUUCCAACACUUCAAAAGCAUAAGGAUUCCUGAUGACGCUGUACUCACGGCGCUCGGAAGCCCUGACCAGUUCGGUCCUACACAGCGAGCCAAGUUUUGUGCAGGGCUGAAAGGAGUCUUGACCGACUUGCGGGCCAGAAAGAUUAAAGAUUUUGAUAUGAUUGCCGACGAAAUUAUCGCUCACAGAGCCAAAUUCCUUGGCGACGAUUCCAAAGUCCUUAAUCUCGAGGGUAUAACGAUAUAA